AAUGGUUGGCUGGUCCGCAUUCUCGCCUGACAACCAGCAAGCUGUAAAAGGGGCUAGGAUUUUACUUAGCGAAACAGAACGGAGUAGCAAUAAGACAUGGAUACGGAUGCUGUUGUUAUCGUCUCUGCUGCAAGGACUCCUAUUGGUUCCUUCAAUGGUGUCCUAUCCACUGUGCCUCUGCAUGACCUGGGGGCAGCUGUGAUCAAGGAGGUCCUGAAGAGGGCUCACCUGAAUCCAGAUGAAGUAUCUCAGGUCAUAAUGGGACAUGUGCUCACUGCUGGUCAUGGGCAGAACCCGGCGCGGCAGGCCAGUGUAGGAGCAGGCAUCCCCUACCCGGUGCCAGCAUGGAGCUGUCAGAUGGUGUGCGGUUCGGGGCUGAAGGCGGUAUGCCUUGGGGCGCAGUCCAUCCAGACCGGGGAGUCCAGUGUAGUGGUGGCUGGGGGUAUGGAGAGCAUGAGCAGGACUCCCCACACAGUGCAGAUGCGAUCUGGAGUUAAAAUGGGGGACUCCACACUGCAGGAUUCUAUCCUCUCUGAUGGGCUGACUGAUGCCUUUCACAGCUACCACAUGGGAAUCACAGCGGAAAAUGUUGCCAAACAGUGGGGUGUGAGUCGUGAGGAUCAGGACCAGUUUGCAGUCUCCUCCCAGAACAGGACAGAGGCAGCCCAGAGAGCAGGCUAUUUUGACCAGGAGAUUGUACCUAUUAUUGUGCCAUCCCGAAAAGGACCAGUGGAGGUGAAAAUGGAUGAGUUUCCUCGCCACGGCAGCAACCUGGACGCCAUGUCCAAGUUAAAGCCCUGCUUUGUGAAGGAUGGCACGGGCACAGUGACUGCUGGAAAUGCUUCAGGGAUAAAUGACGGAGCUGCAGCAACAGUUCUCAUGACCCUGUCAGAGGCAAACAGAAGGGGUUUGAAGCCGAUGGCAAAAAUCAUUUCCUGGGCCCAAGUAGGUCUGGAUCCAUCAGUAAUGGGAACCGGGCCUAUUCCAGCCAUCAGAAAAGCUCUGGAAAAAGCAGGUUGGCAGAAGGAUGAGGUGGAUCUGUUUGAAAUCAAUGAAGCUUUUGCUGCCCAGUCUGUCGCUGUUGUGAAAGAACUCGGCCUCUGCCAUGACAAGGUGAAUGUGAGUGGAGGGGCCAUCUCCCUGGGCCAUCCCCUGGGCAUGUCCGGCUGUCGGGUCCUGGUGACCCUUCUGCACGCGCUCCAGCGGACGGGAGGAAAGAGAGGCGUGGCAGCGCUCUGUAUAGGGGGCGGAAUGGGGAUAGCCAUGUGUGUAGAAAGAGUGUGAAAGCAGGAUGGUUUACCUGGAGGAAAGUGUGGGAAGGUGUUGUUUUACAUUAGAUUAGACACCCUUGGGACAUUCCUCUGUUCUUUCCUCUGAGGGACACUAAUUAUGUACUGUUAGCGCUUAAGAAUUUAGGUGAGAUGCAGACUAUCCAGAGAAGUCUAUCUUUAAUAUGCAAAGUGCCAAGAGGCUAUACUAGCCUGUACCUUAACUGUUUACUGUAGAAAGGUUGUA